UAGGGACAGGCCCUGGACAUUUUGCAUCACCUUUACAUGGAGCAUAAAGAUGAUGAUGAUGAUAAUGACGAUGUGACUUUUGCCAAAUGGAUGAGCAGCUUCUGGGGUCAUAGCUGGAUGGAGGAGGAAGAGAGAAGACUCCGGGACCGCCGCGGAUCGCAAGGCAGCGGUCACAGGAAAGCCUCCCUGCCCUGCGCAUACCCUGUGCUUCCCAGAGUCACGUCACCCGACAGCCAUCCCAGAAGGCAUUCUCACGAGGACCGGGGAUUUCGAUGUCGUGCUCACACGAGGGAUUACAGAAAAUGCUCAGGGGAUGGGCCAUUCAAGGAGCCGUGGGAAUCAAAAAGGAGAUCCCAUUCCAAAAUUCAGGCAUUUUCAGAGUCCUUUGAACAGCAACUGUGCUCUAGAACCAAACGUUCUCUCUCUUUGGGACCUGAGAGCAGAAAGGAAAAAAAUGAAAGAGAAUGCCUGCAGACGGAGAUGAGAUCCCGCAAGGAAGGGGAGGAAGGAGGGAGCUCUAGGAAAGAGGACUGCAGAGGAGCAUACACGGCUCCUCUCUUUGAAGAAGGAGCCAAAUAG